AUGUAAAAAUUGCAUUUGUUUCUAAUAGUUACAGUGCUUAGCUGUGAUGUUGAUGAAGCUGUAAACGCCUUCAAAUCCAAACAAAUCAGGGAUCCCAUACUUUCAUACGCAAAGAAUCCUUAUGAAAUUGUUGAUCUGGCCUAUUAAUAAAAAGUUUAAGAUAAUCUUAAGGAUAGCAAGAGUGUUUGUGCAAUUAAAUACGAUGAUGAUGAAAAGCAAAUAUAUCAAUUAAAACAAUUUAAUUCAAAGGAAGAGGCUGAAGAGAAUCAAUUCAUUGUGACUCAUUAAGGAAAAUGUGGAGCAUGUUCUACAUUAUAAGAUUUGGUUGUUUAUCUUAAAACUGACUUGACUAGGCUAGUAAGAUAGUGUGGUUUAAUGUAUGGAUUGUCUGAGUAUUAUCUUUUACAAUGCAUAAAGGAUUUAGGAUUUUCAGAUACAUGUGCUUAAGUUUGGUUGUACAAUACUUUAAAUACAAAAAAAUCAUGUUUCUGGGUUUGUAUUGGGUCUUUUUUUACAAUUGAAGAUUUUGUGAAGAAUGGUUAGCUAAAUUAAUGUUUACAAUGUGAUGAAGACAUUUCCGGACCUAUAUUUAAAUAUGAAUCUGGAAGAACUAGACGCAACUCAGGCAUUAAAUCAGAAAUUGAUAGACCAAGUGAUUAGAUCUAUGACAUCACACAUUGCUAUUAUUGAAUAAGAUAACACAAUUAUUGUUAAUAAUUAUCUUUU